AUGUAUCAUAUUCAUCUGGAUCCCAUCACUCCGGUUGCUAUGAAUGAUGACCAUUUAGCCAAUAAUGAGACACCUGCCCCUCCCGUAUCACCUCCUUUAAUGGAUAUGGAUGAUGAUAACGACGCAGUUAUGCCUUUUGUCAAUGGAGACGAAGAUGAUAAUGACGUUACCAUUGUGAACGAAGGCCGCGAUAAAUUUGCCGGUGAUGGCGUUCAAGUGGUUAACGCUGAACCGGAACAGCUCCUAGAACCAACUCCGGAGGGUGAACUAUUUGUAUCCAGUCUCAAAUCGAUGUUGACCGCCCACUUAGAGAACUUUGGACAUGUCAACGAUGGAGUACUCGGUCUCUGGGCUGGUCCCGAGCAUUGGCGUAAAAAGGCAAAACGGCGAAGGCUAGAUGAAUUUGGAAAUGCUGCACCACUCGACAAUGAGGAGAACGCGGUUACAACCGUUGGCAAAAGUAGUCGAACAAAGUCCGCAAAGAAAUCCAAGCCAACUACCGUGGAAUAUAUUGGAGCUCUUCUUGAUGCUGGUGAGAAUAGAUCAAGGAGUGGCUUUUUGGUACGUAAUGACUGGUCGAAGGAGUUGGAACAAUACACCAAAGACAGUGGAAAAUCGACAAUUUUGCGAGAGCAGAAUUUACGACUUGCCAGUGAGCGCUUCAAUAUCCUGCCUCCCUCAAUUACUGAUGCUCGACAGAAUAUAUAUGAACUAUUUAAUCGUGAGGUUAUGCGCAAUAUUGUUGACCCAAAGAUUACUGAGACACAGGAAAAUGUUACAGCUCAGGCCAUGGCUGAUGGCGGUAUAGUGCCUCCAUGGUUGGAUAGUCAGGCAGCAGCGGCUGCUGCUGCUGCUGAAGAUGGUGCCCAUGACGAUGUCGAUACAGACGAUGUCGAUCACAUGCCCGUUGACGAGGAUGACGACGAUAUCGCUCCCUACGAUGGCAUUUUCACUCAGCAAGGCGCUAUUGAUAAUAUUGGAACGGUUCCAAUGGAAGACGGUAUGCAGCUAGUAGCUCCUCCACGCCAGGUUGCCCGUCUAGAGAUUGGCUACGCACGGGCUGCCAAACUCAUCAAUGUUCGACACUUAAAGAGUGUUCUCUGGGAAAUGAUUGACAGAGAUCUUACCGCGAGUUCUGAUCGUAGUCCUCCAACAAAGAAACCGCGACCAGAUAUUGAUGUGGACGAAGGUUGUGGCGCCGCCGAAACUUCUCAAGUUAAGUCGGCACAGGAGGAGUAUCGUCCUACUUGCUGUUUCAGUGAUAUCCUCGCCUCAUUGCCUUCUAGAGUUUCUAAAAAUACAGCUUCUGAACUCAGUGUUUCUAUCGGUCUUAACUGUCUACUCCAUCUAGCUAACGAAAAGGAUCUUUUUUUGGAGACUGGAGAAGGUUGUAUAGAUCUUUUAAUUUCGCAAGGUCUCUCCAUCUCAGAGCUAGAAAUGAUUUCUCAAUAUCAACGUUCAAGCAGAGUUGGAGAACAGCGCGCCAAAAAGCAGGUUUCUAUAGAUCGAUGGCUUGAAAAUAGUAUGGAGGAUGACGAAUAG